AUGAGGUCGUCUUAUACGUGCAGGCAGUGUCUGUCGUUACUGAAGACUUCACGGGCACCGCUGCGACCCCCCCAGGCCCUCCGCCCGCUCGCCCAAAAUGUGGCGGGUCCCCGAAACCACUCCACCAAAAGUCCGGCACCGCCAAAACUGGCUCUACCCAGGCGCGGCCUCUCCACGACCCCGCGACGGGCGGCCGAAAAGCCCUUUGAGCCAUUCGAGUACAUUGACCCCGAAGGCCACCGUCGGACGCUGCUCCUGACCGAGGACAAUCUCUUCCACUCCUUCACCAACUCGCCUAUCCCCGAGAUACGAAAGCGCGCGGCCUUUAUGCGCCAACAUGCCUACUGCCCGCAUCCUUCGCAUAAGCCCACGCGUGCGCCCACCAACUCGGCCGACUUUGAGGCCCGCAAGUCGUCCGAGACGGGCUCUCCGCCUGCGCACGUCGAUUUCGAGUGUCCAGAUUGCGGCAUUCCGGUAUACUGCUGCGAAGAACACUGGGCAGAUGACUACGAGGCGCAUUUGGAGGUCUGCGAUAUUCUGAAGCAGAUCAACGAGGAUGACCACGAUCUGAGGAGCGGGCGCUUCUUCCGCGAAUUCCAGUUCGCCGAGCCCCAGAUGGAGGAGAUUCUGGUCAACAUGACGAGCUGGGACACGUACUUGUACACCAGGGACUACGAUGCGCUGAACGACGAUCGGGAGAUGCGACAAGCGACGAAGCUCUUGACAUAUCCCAUAACCAUUGCCAGUAUCUUGAACGAGCUGAGUCCAUACAAUAUUCGCAAGAACGGACGCAUGACGCCUGAGGGAUUGAAGAGCUUUAGUGCCCUCCGACACACGCUCCACCCACCACGAACCGGCGGAGGCGACAGCUGGAAGAACGCUCGUCUUGCCCCUCCCUCGGUCCGACUCUUUAUCCUCGGUGCGCGCGCAGAGUCCUCUCUUCCACGCGAAACCUGGAUGCAGCUUUCCUACCUUUUCCACCGCGUUCAAUUCUCGCUCAACUUUAUCGGACCUGAGAGCAUGGCCAAUCGCGAGAAAGAGCUGCCCCUUCCUGAGCGCACACCCCUGAAUCCGUUCGGAGCUGUCAUUGAAGACCGCAUCAGCAACAGCAUGAAGAUUAGCACAUUCGUCGAAUACUACCACAACAUUCACAAGACGGGCUACUUUUACCCCUAUGACCCUUAUUUUGACUGCUUUGUCGUCUUCCACCCAGGUUUCGGCAACCCUGCCUCGGCGCACGAGUGGGAGGAGACGCUUCCGCUGCUCCUCGAGACCAAGGUACCAAUUAUCGCGACUGGCUACAGCCCCUGGGAUAUGGAGCAGGAUGUGGAAUUUCUAAACAAGAGAUUCGGAAAUGAGAUGGAUAUCCUCCUGGAGCCUGGUGAAAACCUGUUCCGAAGUCUGCGUUGGGAUCUCAACGAUCUCGACCCUCACGACGUCACAUGCAGCAACUGGGGAGUGUACGCGUUCCGCGGGAAAAGGUACGAGGCGACAAAGAGGGAUGAAGAAAAGGAGGUACAUAGUGAGAGGACUGAAUGA